GAAGAAGAAGAGGUUGUAAAAUGGCGAAUCUUCCAGUACAGAAGAACACGCUGUACGUAGGAGGAUUAGCUGAGGAGGUAAACGAGGCUAUACUACACGCUGCAUUCAUCCCCUUCGGUGACAUUAAAGAUGUCAAGACUCCCUUAGAUCAGGCCACUCAGAAACAUCGCUCUUUUGGCUUCGUCACUUUUCUUGAGAAAGAAGAUGCAUCAGCCGCCAUGGACAACAUGGAUGGCGCUGAACUCUACGGCCGUGUUCUUACUGUUAACUACGCUCUCCCUGAACGCAUUAAGGGUGGCGAGCAGGGCUGGGCGGCUCAGCCCAUUUGGGCGGAUGCCGAUACGUGGUUUGAAAGGCAACAACAAGAAGAGGAAAUGCAGCAGAUUCAGGCAGAGAACCGUGCUGCAAUGCAGGCAGCAGAGGAAUUGCAUAGAAAGAAAAUGGCACAGGACAGAGAAGGAGAAAAAGAUGAAGAUUCUGAGAUGAAGGAUGAUCCAAUGGCAAGGGCUGAAGCAGAGGUUUUGAAGCAAAAUAAUAGCUCUUAGAUAUCAAAGCGAGUCCUGAACUGUUUACAUUCUAACAGUUUUUGUUUUCUUUUUAAUUUUAACAAAUAUCUGUACUCUGUCAGAACAGAUGCUUAUAACUAUGGGAGCGGAAGAAAUUCUGCAUUUGUUUAGAA